UGACCUCUCAAUGUUUUUCACAUAUACUUUAUCUGACUUACAUCAGAAGGCUGUGAAUGAGGCUCUACAGAGUAAAAAUGGACAUCUAAAUCUUUUCCUGCGGUUUCUUCUGGGUCUGUCAGUGGAGUCACAUCAGAUUAUCCUACAAGGACUAAUGAAACAGACAAGAAGCAGAUCUGACAGCAAUGAGAAAACAGUUGAGUUCAUCAAGAUGAAGAUCAGCACCAUUGACUCUCCUGAGAAAUCCAUCAACCUGUUCCACUGUCUGAAUGAACUGGGUGAUCAUUCACUAGUGGAGGAAAUACAACAGUAUCUGAAAUCUGGAAGAAUAAAGGAAGCCAAACUCUCUUCAUCUCAGUGGUCAGCUGUAGUUUUUGUGUUGUUGACAUCAGAGAAGAUGCUGGAUGUGUUUGAGCUCAGGAAGUUUGUUGGAGGAAACGAUAAAAUGGAAAAACUAAAGGUUCUUCAGAAGCUGCUGCCCGUGAUGAAAGAAUCCAGAUCAGUUCAGUUGAGUGAUUGUGAUAUCACAGAUGAAGGUUGUGCUGCUCUGACUUCAGCUCUGAGAUCAAACCCCUCACACCUGAGAUUACUGGAUCUGUCUAAGAAUAAAAAAGGGAAAUCAGUGAAUCUGCUGUCUGAUGUACUACAGGAUCCUCACUGUAAACUGGAGAAACUGUGGCAAGAUCAUAUUUGACUCUCACACAUGAA